AUGGCCGAGGAUCGCUCGCCUUCCCCCGAAUUCGAUCCCUUCGCGAUCGGCGUCGACCUGGCGCCUCUGCCCGAGUAUAAGGCCGCGGCGACGGCUGGAUUUGACUUUGACAGUCUUCUCGCCCAACCACUGCGACUGCACGAGGAUCUCACCUCGGGCUGCGGCGGUCAAACGUGGCCAGCUGGUAUGGUUCUUGCAAAACACAUGCUCCGCUAUCACCGGAAGGAUCUGCGAGACUCGAGAAUUCUAGAGCUCGGCGCAGGCGGCGGGCUGGUGGGUCUAGCAGUUGCCCGCGGUUGUGAGGUGCAACAACCGCUCCUCAUCACCGAUCAGUUGGAAAUGUUCAGCCUCAUGGGUCAUAAUAUUGAACUGAAUCAGAUGCAAGGUCAAGUCAAAGCCACGAUAUUGAACUGGGGCGAACCACUUGCGCAAGAAGUCGUCGACUUCAAACCAAAUGUGAUUUUGGCUGCUGAUUGUGUGUAUUUUGAGCCGGCUUUCCCCCUGCUCCUCGCGACGCUGUCGGACCUCUUGAAUUUAUGCCCAUCGGCAAUCAUCUACUUUUGCUUCAAAAAGAGACGUCGCGCCGACAUUCAAUUCGUCAAAAAAGCACAAAAGGCCUUUCAUGUGGCUGAGUUACAUGACGAGGAUCGUCCCAUCUUCAGCCGGCAAGGAUUGUUUCUCUACGCUAUUACCAGCAAGCAUCGCUGCGACUAA